AUGGAUAAACUAGGAUCAUCGUAUUUAGGUGCAAAACACAGGUUUUUGAACUUAGAGAGGCGUUUUUCUAAGGAUAGUAUCUUGUUUGCAGCAUAUUCACGGUUUGUGAAUGAAUACGUUGAACUAGGACACGCUGAGCAGAUCUCACUUACUCAGGAGGAAGUGAUUCAAAAUAAUUUAUAUUUCUUGUCGCAUCACCCUGUUGUGAAGGAUAAUAACUUCAAUAAGAUUCGAGUAGUUUUUGAUGCUUCGGCGAAAUCUUCCUCUGGUGUCUCGUUGAAUAAUAUUCUUCACACCGGCCCUAAAUUGCAGCAGGAUUUGUUUUCUAUCUUGGUUCGAUUUAGGUGCCAUCAGUUUGUUUUUGUGGCAGACAUUGUGAAAAUGUAUCGCCAAAUAAAGGUUAAGGAUACAGAUCAGUUAUAUCAGUUGAUCUUAUGGAGGGAGUCGCCCCAGGAAACCUUGAAGAUCUUCAAACUCACCACGGUAACAUAUGGCACAGCUAGUGCUCCGUACCUGGCAAUGCGCUGUUUGAAGAUGCUGGCGCAAAAUUAUGCGUCAACAUUUUCACAGGCAGCACAAGUGUUAGAUACGGACUGCUAUGUUGAUGAUAUCAUCACAGGUGCUGAUACUGCGGAUGAGUUGGUUAAGAUUCAAAGGGAAGUUGUACAGUUGUUAGAUGAAGGGGGGUUCUCCUUACAUAAAUGGUCAAGUAACUGUCGUGAAGUUUUACAAACUAUCCCAAAGGAAAGUCAAAGCUCUGCUAUGGCCUUGUUUUCUGAAGCAGAUACUGUUAAAACCUUAGGGCUUGCGUGGAAUCCUUCACAGGAUAUUUUUAAAAUAGCACAUAUUAAGGUUUCAGAAGCAGACAUUAGACAGGGUGUUGACACAAAACGAUCCGUAUUAUCAACAAUUGCACAGAUUUAUGACCCAAUUGGGCUCAUAUCUCCAAUAUCUGUAACUGCAAAGUUGAUAAUGCAGGAGUUGUGGAGGCAAAACCUUGGUUGGGAUGAGACUUUGUCACGAGAGUUACAAGAUAGGUGGAAUCUUUUUGAGGUUCAUCUCUCUGAUCUAGAGAAUCUCAGUAUUCCUCGAAACAUUUUUAAGUCGAUUCCGGUGACUAUUCAAUGUCACGGAUUCUCAGACGCUUCAUUGUAUGCAUAUGGUGCCUGCAUUUAUCUACGGGCAACAUACGCAGAUGGCACUUUGUCAUCAAGGUUACUUUGUUCAAAAUCGAAAGUAGCCCCAUUAAAAAAUGUGACGUUGCCUCGGCUAGAAUUAUCUGCGGCUUUGCUCUUAGCAAAGUUAUUUAGGCAGAUGAUGACGAUCACAAAAAUCCCAAUUUCGGAGUCGUUUCUAUGGUGUGACUCAAGCAUUGUCUUGGCGUGGUUAAAGACAGAUCCGUCUCUAUUGAAAAUGUUUGUUAGCAAUAGAGUGGCGGAAAUUCUUGAUCUUACGCCAGGCAUUGCUUGGAGACACGUCUGUAGUAAAGAAAAUGCUGCAGACAUUGUAUCUAGGGGUGUGAAGACGCCAGUAGAGUUAGCAGACUGCAAUCUAUGGUGGCACGGGCCUGCUUGUCUGCUACAAGAUUCUAGUAAUUGGCCUAACAGGUUUGCUGAUGAUGUUAAGGAAGCUAUUCCAGAACGGAAACUGCUAGCAACAACUGUCGGCAACACUAGGAAUGAAUUAGUAGAAGAUCUUGUGGCUAAGUGUUCUCGGUUCAGCAAACUAGUUAGGGUGGUGGCGUUCUGCAUCCGAUGGAUCAACAUCAUUCGUCUCAAACAAAGAGGUUUACUUUCGGUCGCUGAAUUAAACACAGUUGAAGUUAGGUAA